CUCGGAAGAAUUUUCCAGUGGCCUUCCUUUUCCCCCACCCGCCCACUUUAGAGCAACCUAGGUCUCUCUUCGUCUCUUUCACUUCCAUCUGUGACUUCACUCACUCAUUAUCAACGAUGCCUGCUGAAUACAUCCUUACCAAGGAGGCUCCACCUCCUCUCCCAGUUUACUCCCAAGCAGUCCGCGCUGGAAACUAUGUCUACACCAGCGGAUCAGUGGGCAUGACCAAGGACAAGCAGAUGGUCGAGGGCACCGUGCAAGACCGAACCCGUCAGGUCAUCAAUAACCUCGAGGAAGUUCUCAAGGCUGCCGGUAUGACCCUCAAGAACGUGGUCAAGGCCAACAUUUACCUCUCUAAGCUCUCUGAAGACUUCGAGUCGAUGAACGAGGUUUACGAAAAAAUGAUGCCUGACCCCAAACCUGCUCGAACUUGCGUUGGUGUUGCUCAGCUGCCCGCUGGUGGGACAGACGUCGAGAUAGAGUUCGUCGCCUACGACGGCUAAAUGUACAGAUGACAAGGUCAGAAUGCUAGAAAAU